CGUCCGCUAACGCCGUCCUGAAGGAUAGGUUGGAGCGGCCCCGGGAUCCAAACUCUUGGAGGGCCAGGAGACAACAUGUCAUCAAAUGUUUUGCCGACAUCACUGACUCCUGGAGAGAAAGAAAGAGAUGGCUCAGUCAAAAAGGAAAAACCAUAUAGGAUCUUUUUCAAAGAUCUCUUUCUUUUCAAAGAAGAUGAAGUGGCAGCAAAGAAAAAGGAAAAAAUUAUAAACCGCAGCAUGAAAGUCUACCAAAAGUCUACUUUUUCAUCUCGAAUGAAGAGUCGUUCACACCUGGGCCAAAUGGCAUUCUACUCUGACAGGGCUCGUGACUCAUUUGACAAAUUUGGGCUAGAUCCCACUCUUAUUCUCAGAUUAACAGAAGGUGCAGACACAAAAAGGACAAUUCAUGAAUUUAUUAAUGACCAGAGAGACAGGUUUCUGCUGGAGUACGCUCUCUCAACCAAAAGAAAUACAAUUAAAAAGUUCGAAAACCUCAUAGCAGUAAAGGAACGGCAACUCGUAAAAGCAGAAAAAAAGCUCCAAGAAGAUGCCAUGGCCUUUGAAGAGUUCCUUCGAGAAAAUGACCAGAAAUCUGUAGACGCCCUUAAAAUUGCAGCACAGGAAACUAUAAACAAACUCCAAAUGACAGCAGAGCUAAAGAAAGCAAGUAUGGAGGUUCAGGCCGUAAAAAGUGAGAUAGCAAAAACAGAAUUCCUCCUUAGAGAAUACAUGAAAUAUGGAUUUUUUCUGCUGAAAUUGUCUCCAAAACACUGGCAAAUCCAGCAAGCACUGAAAAGGGCACAGACGACAAAGGGUAGUAUGAAUGUCACCCUUCCGAUAUUAACAAAAUUAAAUACAAGGAAGAAAGAGGGCAAUACUGAGGAUUCCAGGAAGGCAUCCUUUUCAGACGAGUAUUCUAUGGGAAGAGAUAGCCAAGGAAAACUACGCAGGAAGACCACUUUAACCGUAGAGAAUAAGAAAUCAUCCUUAUCAAACCCCACUGAAAGUAUCAGUUCAGAAGAUAGUUUGGAAUUCUUUUUAGAUGAUGAUACAGACUAUGAUCUGGAACCAGAGAUUUAUUUCAAAGAACCAGAAGAUUUACUUCAAGUCCUCACAGAGCUGGAAGAGCAAAAUCUAACUUUGGUACAAUAUUCCCAAGAUGUAGAUGAAAGUCUUGAAGAUCUAUAUAAAAGAGAAAAACUUAUACAGGAUAAAAUAAAUAGCAACAUAGAAUUUCUUUUGGAGCACAAGGAAAUGCUCAAGACUAACUGUGUGAGAGAAGAGGAAAAAGCUGCAGAACUGGAAUUAAGGUCCAGGCUAUUUAGUUUUGGAGAAUUUAAAUCAGAUACUCAGGAAAAACUGAUAGAAUCUCUUAGUAAAAAAAUUAAUCAAGUAUACAAGGUCUGCAUUGGAGAUGCUGAUGUUGGCAGUCUCAACCCAGUUCAAAAGCUGGUAAAAGUAGAGUCUCGCCUGGUGGAAUUGAGUGAUCUGAUUGAUUCCAUUCCCAAAGAAAAUGUGGAGGCAAUUGAGAGGAUAAAACAGAAAGAACGGCGGCAAAAAUUACGUGAAGAGAAAAUGAAAGAAAAACAAAGACACCAAGAGGAAAGGCUAAAAGCUGCCCUGGAAAGGGCAGUAGCACAACCAAAGAAAAAGCUGGGAAGAAGACUUAUCUAUCGCUCAAAACCUUCAUCUGGUAUCAAACAGGAGCUAUUUUUGGUCAAGGAUACAAGAGCAAAAUCAAUAGAGGAAGAAUAUUUUUUCACUUGAAUAGGUGCACUAAUAAGACAUUUACUGCCAGAAUGUUUUAGGCAUUUUGUAGAUUUUGGUUUUCAGUAAUGGCAAUAUUCUGCCCCAUAUGUUGCCCUAACCAAUU